AUGGAUAAUUCGAAGCCAGUAAGUGUGCCUUUGGGCAGUCACUUCAAGCUAUCGAAGAAGGAGUCGCCGAGUACAAAAGAAGAACGUGCUGAGAUGAAGAAAGUUCCUUAUGCUUCAGCAAUUGGCAGUAUUAUGUAUGCAAUGGUGUGUACGAGGCCGGAUAUUGCACAAGCAGUUGGAGUAGUGAGUCGGUUCAUGGGUGAUCCGGGCAAGCAACAUUGGGAAGCAGUUAAAUGGAUCCUUAGAUACUUGAGAGGUACUACAGAAAGAGUCUUAUGUUUCAAUGGCAAGAAUGUCGAGUUGGCAGGUUAUGUGGAUGCAGACUUGGCGUCCAAUGAUCUUGAUGGGAGAAGAAGUACAACCGGGUAUGUAUUUACUUAUGGUGGUACUGCUAUUUCAUGGACUUCUAAGUUGCAGAAGACCGUUGCUUUGUCUACUACGGAGGCUGAAUAUGUAGCCGCGACGGAGGCAAGCAAGGAGAUGGUGUGGUUGCAAAGUUUCUUAGAUGAACUUGGUAAGGAGAACAAGAGUAGCAGACUCUACAGUGAUAGUCAGAGUGCUAUUUUCUUGGCAAAGAAUCCAGCGUUUCAUUCUAGGACAAAGCAUGUGGAGUUGAAGUAUCAUUACAUUCGACACCUAGUGGAGAUGAAAAUCCUGCAACUUGAGAAGAUACUUGGAAGUGAGAAUCCAGCAGACAUGUUUACUAAGAUACACUUUGUAUCGAACUGGGUAAACAAUUCGUUGUGUUCAUUCUCCUUUUAUAUUCGUGAUUGCCUGUGUUUAUUUCCCAACAUUCAAGCACAAUUUCUACAAGAACUCAAAGAGACCUCUAGAUGGUGGGAGAAUACUGGGCUUGUUCAAGAGCUUCCAUUCAUCAGAGAUAGAAUAGUGGAAUGCUACUAUUGGACGACCGGAGUGGUUGAACGUCGUGAACAUGGAUUUGAGAGGAUAAUGCUCACCAAAAUAAAUGCUCUUGUUACAACUAUAGAUGAUAUCUACGAUAUUUAUGGCACACUUGAAGAGCUCGAACUAUUCACAGAGGCUAUUCGAAGAUGGGAUAUUGAAUCAAUAGAUCAACUGCCCCCUUACAUGAAAGUAUGUUAUCUUGCGCUUUACAACUUUGUUAAUGAGAUGGGAUACUAUACUCUCAAGGAUAAAGGGUUCAACUCCAUCCCCUUUCUGCGGAAAACGUGGGUUGAUUUGGUUGAGACAUAUUUGAUAGAGGCAAAUUGGUACCACAAGGGGCAUAAACCUAGCUUGGAAGAAUACAUCAACAAUGCUUGGAUAUCAAUUGGAGGUGUCCCCAUUCUAUCCCAUCUUUUUUUCCGGCUGACGGAUUCAAUAGAUGAGGAGGAUGCCGAGAGCGUGCAUAAAUACCAUGAUAUUGUUUGUGCAUCAUGUACGAUUCUAAGGCUCGCUGAUGAUAUGGGAACAUCACUGGAUGAGGUGGAGAGAGGCGACGUGCCAAAAUCAGUUCAGUGUUAUAUGAAUGAGUACAAUGCUUCAGAAGAAGAGGCGCGAAAGCAUGUUCAAUCGCUGAUAGAGGAGACAUGGAAGACGAUGAAUAAGGAAAUGAUGGAUUCUCCAUUUUCAGUAUAUUUUGCAGAAGUUUGUGCUAAUCUCAGCAGAAUGGCACAGUUUAUAUACCAGAAGGAAUCUGAUGGAUUCGGAAUGCAACACUCAUUCGUUAACAAACAGCUUAGAAGCUUGUUGUUCGAACCAUAUGAAUAAGGAAAGAAUUGGUAAAGACUUAAGUGUAGUUUGGGUUUCGAUUGUAUCUUGUACAAAAGAGGUCAGUAAACAUGGGUGGACACACAUAUAGGAAGGUCUAUGGGCUCAAGCUCCUAAUAAACAUUAUUUUUUAAUA